AUUGAAAGUAAACAGAGAAAUGAAAAAAGUCUGAUUACAACCUAUUCGGAACUCUUUCGAUUCACUUGGGCAACUUGGCCACCUCACUUCGACUGGUUUUGUUUCGUUUAACUGAACUUCAAAAUGUCUUCUUCCGAAACCGAUUUUAUUGCCGAGGAGGAUGAACCGCCAGGAUCCUUCGCUCCGGCGCCAGUGAGUCCCAAUCCAAAUCUUCAGGCCAGUCAAUCGGUGGUGAUCUCGCCCUCGGUGUCCAUCACUUCGGUGGAUGGCAGCCAUAUAUCAGAAUCCGAAGACUCCUACGUGGACUGGCAGCCGCACUUUUCGGAGACCGGAAUCGCCACCUCGGAAAGGAUGGAAGUUGGUGCAAUUCCGGAACACUGGCUGUAUGGCCUGCGUUCGGUGCCAGCUACUACCAAUUUGAGGCCCAGGCGUCGCUGGAACUCUGUGAGCCGCUCGGGUUCGCCAACGGCCUCAACUUCAUCGACGUCGACAGCGCCAUUCCCUCAGCAGUAUUCCAACCUGGACCGGCGACCCCAUUGGGGAGAUAGCCACUACAUAGACAACGAAUCCGAACACGUGAAUCGGAUCUCCGAUAUCCUGAUGGACAUGGAGAGUCGGAGCCAAAGGAUAGGAUCCCGCCGGAGCCGUCAGCGACGCAAUCGUCGCAUACAGGCACAGGCUCGAGCUAUAUUUCGGGCUCAACGGUUGUUGAAUGGGUCCGCCACCGAUGUCGACGACUUCUCCGAUCUGGACUCCACGGACCGACUGCCCCGGAACAUGGCCCGAGUUCCCCGGCGUGGAAACAGUAUCAGCGAUUGCAGCCAGUGCAGCAGCGACGAUGAACAGGACAAGAUCAAGGGCAAAAACAAGCCAACAGUUCCUAGUCAUCUGGUCGAAUGGUUGUAUCCAGUUUAAUUUGAAAUGGCCUUUUUAGUUUUUUAGUUGUCGAAAUGGUUGAUAACUAUUUUGGUUUAGGCUCCUUAUAACUGAGUCUGGUAGUGCAUUGGCUGUUAAGAGGCUUCCAAUUUAAUUAAAUCUUAAAUGUAUAUCAACAAUUUAAAA